CACAGCCACGCGUACUAAAUUGUUAUAUACACACGAUUUUCUUUAUGUUUGAGAGAUUUUGAUUAUAUGCUACCUUCAUUUUGUUAAUUUUUCAAAAAGCAGUUGUUUAUUCUUGUUUCAAACAAUGGCAACCAGAUUUACUGUAAUAAGGCCCGAAGAGAAUAAGUUGUCUUCAGGUGAUAAAAAUUACGGUUCUACAACGUUAGAUAAAUCCUAUGCGAGGGAAAGCGACGAAGUUAAUGAAAAUAGCGUUGACUUAAAUAUCAAUGACUAUGAUGGUCAGCAAGAAGAGAACCAACCAAUCUUUAUAGAUGGCAGUUUGUCAGGAUAUGAAAGAAAUAUGUAUUUGUUCCAUGAAGAAAUGCCUGAGCGUCCAACUGUUGCUACUCUUCUGAAUUCCCUAGCCAAUUAUAAUGUAACUAUCCCUUCUGUAUCUGACCAGGAUGCUAAGAUGGUGCCAAAGAAAGCAAACCUGGGAACAUUAGCAGGUGUUUACUUUCCUUGUAUUCAAAAUAUUUUUGGGGUAAUCUUUUUCAUUCGCCUGGUUUGGAUCGUAGGGACUGCUGGUGUUCCACAAGCCUUCUUAGUGGUGUUUCUCUGCUGCUGUGUGACAUUUGCCACCUGCAUCUCUUUAAGUGCUAUUGCCACUAAUGGAAUUGUUCCUGCUGGAGGUGCUUACUUUAUGAUAUCGAGAGCACUUGGGCCCGAGUUUGGUGGAGCUGUGGGAAUAUUAUUUUAUUUAGCAACUUCUGUGGCUGGGGCAAUGUACAUCACUGGAGCUGUAGAGAUUUUACUGGUAUAUUUGGUGCCCCAGUUGUCUUUGUUUGGGGACUUCCGUCAGGACCCUCAGAUAAUGUAUCAUAACUUUCGUGUGUAUGGAACCAUUCUUCUUAUCCUGAUGGGCAUUAUUGUUUACAUUGGAGUGGCAUUUAUCAGCAAGUUUGCACCUGUAGCCCUCUUCUGUGUUAUUGUCUCGAUUCUCUGUGUGUACAUUGGCAUAUUUGUAAACAUAUAUGGGAGUAAAAAUUUCAACAUUUGUGUUUUAGGAGAUCGGCUCUUGUCAAGCAUGAGCAACGCUGUUUGUUCAAAGGAGAAGAAUGUUACAGGGUCUCUGUACAAUAUUUAUUGUCAUUCUCUAAAUGAAACAUAUGAAGAAUGUGAUCCAUACUUCAUGGAGCAUGAGGUGCAUGUAGUGCAGGCUAUUCCAGGUUUAGCAAGUGGUGUUUUCAAAGAUAACUUGUUAGCUUACUAUCGCCACAAAGGAGAUUUGGUUUCUAGGACAACUGAACGGGAAGCUGCCAGCUCAUAUGGGCAGAACACGUACAACCAGGUUUUGGUGGAUAUAACAACUACUUUUACUUUGUUUGUGGCCAUUUUCUUCCCAUCUUGCACAGGACUGAUGGCAGGGUCUAACAGAUCUGGUGAUCUUGAAGAUGCUUCCAAAUCUAUACCGUCUGGUACUCUGGCAGCUCAGUUAACAACAUCUUUUGUUUAUUUGACGGGUGUUUUACUCUUUGGAGCAACUUCUGAUAACCUAUUUCUUCGAGACAAAUUUGGAGAGAGCGUUGGUGGAGAUUUGGCUGUUGCUGUUCUGGCUUGGCCUCACCCAAUGGUCAUUAAGAUAGGGUCAUUUCUGUCCACUGUUGGAGCUGGAUUACAAUCUUUAACAGGAGCACCUCGACUGAUGCAGGCUAUUGCUAAAGACCAGAUUAUCCCCUUCCUAAAUGUGUUUUCUUACAGUUCCUCAAAGAAUGAACCAACUCGGGCUCUUUUCCUUACCUUGGGAAUCUGUGAACUAGGAAUUUUAAUUGGAAAUUUAGACUACAUUGCACCAAUUUUGACUAUGUUUUUUCUUAUGUGUUACAUGUUUGUGAAUCUGGCAUGCACACUGCAGAGUCUACUUAGAACCCCAAACUGGAGACCUCGUUUUAAGUAUUACCACUGGUCACUGUCUCUUCUGGGAGUUAUUUUAUGCCUGGUGGUAAUGUUUUUGAGUAGCUGGUAUUAUGCCCUUGUUGCUAUGGCAAUAGCAGGCUGCAUCUACAAGUACAUAGAGUAUCGAGGAGCUGAGAAAGAAUGGGGAGAUGGUAUCCGUGGCUUGGCAUUAUCAGCAGCACGUUAUAGCUUGUUGAGGCUUGAAGAAGGCCCACCUCAUACAAAGAACUGGCGUCCUCAACUUUUAGUACUCUGUAAACUUAAUGAAGACUUAACACCAAAAUACAGAAAACUGUUUACAUUUGCUUCUCAGUUAAAAGCUGGGAAAGGGCUAACCCUUGUGAGUUCAGUACUAGAAGGAGCAUAUAGGAAAAUGUAUAGUGAAUCUCAAGCAGCUAAACUGAGUUUAAAGAAAACUAUGGAUGAGGAGAAAGUCAAGGGGUUUUCAGAAGUAGUGGUGACAAAUAAUGUAACUGAUGGUAUUUGUCAUUUGAUUCAGACAUCUGGUCUUGGUGGAUUAAAGCACAAUACAGUAAUCCUUGGCUGGCCUUAUGGCUGGAGACAGUCUCCAGAAGAAAAAACAUGGAGAGUUUUUCUUGAUACAAUUCGCAUUGUUUCUGCCAGCAAGAAUGCCCUGUUGGUUCCAAAAGGAAUUACUAUGUUUCCUGAAAGUACAGAAAAAGUAUCAGGUCAUAUUGAUGUGUGGUGGAUUGUUCAUGAUGGAGGCUUGUUGAUGUUACUACCAUUCCUACUGAAACAACACAAAACCUGGAAGAAUUGCAAGCUACGAAUCUUCACUGUUGCUCAAAUGGAAGACAAUAGUAUCCAGAUGAAGAAAGAUUUGGCCACUUUUAUCUAUCAUCUUAGGAUAGAAGCUGAAGUCGAAGUUGUGGAAAUGAUGGAUAGUGACAUAUCAGCAUAUACUUAUGAGCGGACUUUGAUGAUGGAGCAGCGGACUGAGAUGAUCAAGCAACUGCGUUUGAACAGGAAGGAAACUCUGAAUGUGGUUCAAAAUAUUGUUGACAGUCACCAUCAGCCAGUACGCCAGUCUGGUGUCAAAGUACGAUUUAGUGAGCUUCCUCCACAUGAAUCUGAAUUACAAGAUGUAACUAAUUAUAAUUCUUCAAAAGAAGAUGAAAUUUCAAAACGUGAUAACAGAUCAGCUGGAGGUUUCAGUUCUCUGUCUUCCCCCAGCCAUGGAAUAAAUGAAGACUUGCCUAGCCCAGCUCACUCAUCUCCAUCUCAAGCAAAUCAGCAUUAUGAAGAAAAUAACGAGCAAGUUGCAAAUAGUAGUUCAUCAGACUCGUUUGACAAGUUACUCUACAUUAGACCUGAUGAAGCCAAUGUUCGACGAAUGCACACAGCAGUGAAAUUAAAUGAAGUAAUUGUCACAAAGUCUCAUUCUGCUCAGCUUGUCAUUAUAAAUCUUCCUGGUCCUCCAAAGAUGCAAAAAGCUGAAGCAAAUUAUAUGGAGUUUUUAGAAGUUUUAACUGAAGGUCUGGACAGAGUUCUUAUGGUUCGAGGUGGAGGUCGUGAAGUCAUUACCAUCUACUCUUGAAUGCUGCAAAAUAGUUCUAUUAAGUUCAAAGCUUGACAGAACCAGGCCAGCUUGUUUUAUGAAUAGGAUGAGGUUAACCCAAAACUGGCUUUUAAAAUACAAAAUCUUUAUUUUAUUUUUAACUAAAUGUUUUAAAUGUUUUUACAACCUAUUUAUGUGGUCUGUAGCAACAGAAACUUGUGCUUUAAAUUAACACCGUUGUUUUCUUCAUUCAUGAAAUAUAUUAGUUAUAUAAUUCUGCAGCAAUGUUAGCCACAUUAAACAUCACAAACUAUUUUUAGACAUAAUUUUGUAGUCAUUUAGGGACUUCUUAAUUAUUUAUUUUUAAAAGUUUAUUCUUAAAUUAUUUAUUCUCUGUUUCUCAUCUUUUUAUGCAUUUACUUUUUCUUUGUGUUUCGUAAUCAUUCAAAUUUCAGUGUCUUUGCUUUUCUUUUGUGUGACGUAUUUAUUAUUUCAUUUAGUUUAUAAACUUAUAGAAAAACAAAUCUUUAUGUUUUUACUGUAGAGAUAGUCUCCAAUCUUACACAUUUAUUGAAUGUGUAUGCCAGUUUCCUGUGCAGAUUUUGCUAUAACAUUUACUGCAUAACUACUUUUUAAACUUUCUAAAACAGGAUACAAAACACUGUGCAAACUAUAGCCAGAAUUAUAUUUUUAGGCUAUAAUUUAUGUGUGAUGAGUACACUAAUAAAGUUUUAAAGAACACAUUUGCUAGAUAUUGUUAUAUUUUCAAAAUAGUAAAUAUCGUUUUAUUAAAAUCUAAUUUCAUAUAUAUAUGAAAAUAGGUGAAUCUAAUUUAUUAAUUACUUUAGGAGGAUGAACAGUCACAAUACUAAUCCCAUUUGCUGAUGCUUGAAACUGUUUCCGAAAUUAUAUUGGUAUUGAAGUAUGAAGAAGUCAUAUUUAUUUGAAUGAUCAUUUGUGAAGUCACUUAAGUUAUGAGUUUCUUGUAGUAAUAAAGAAUAUGCCUUAGUUCAAAAGGAGCUUGAAAUGAAUUAUAUAUUUCUAAAUUGAAUAGUAAGUUUACAUCUCUCAUUUUAUUGAGACUUAAGCUAUUUACAAGAGAAAUGAUAAGAUAAAAAAAUUCCUCCAUGUCUCUGGUAAACUUUGUUCAAAAUAUUUGCUCAUUAUUAUAAGCACUGUUUUUGUUGUAAUUUUCAUAGAAGUAAUGCAAAUUAACCUCUUUUAUAUUCUUGAAAAAUCUAAAAUUUUGGCACAAGUGUAAUAAACAUGCCAAACGUUUUAUAGUAAUAUAUUUAGAAACUGAGUAAAAGUUAGCUAUUCAUGUGCUAUUAAAAUAUGAUCUGCCUAGAGCAGUGUUUCCCAAAUAUAUUUCCAGGGGGUUACAAGCUGUCUGUGCUGAGUCUCUUUGUUGUGCACCUUUGUUAUGAACUGUACCAACAGACAUCAAUAACUUUUUUGUAUAGAUUAUGGGGGUCAUGACGACCAAAGCCCAGACGCAGGAGUCAGCUGGCAAAUUUGUCUGAGAAACACUGGCUGAGGGCAAUGACAAGAUUUUUCACAACAAAUGCUAUCAACUACAAAUUUUAUCUUCUGCUAUUAAUCAUAUGCUGUUUGAUUCUUUAACAUUCUGAAUAGAAGUAGGAAUCCUAUUAAUGAUAUGCAUGUUUAAAUGACUCUAACCAUGUGAACUAGUAACUCUGCUUUUUAUAAAAGUUUAAAGAGAUGGUAGAAUUAGUGUAAGAGAAAGAGAAAUACAUAUUGAAUGAUUUCUGCCAGACUUUCUUUGUUGUUGAAGGUAUUGUUUGAUUGUUCUAGAGCUAAGCCACAUUGGGCUAUCUGCUCUGUUCACUUUAAGGAAUUGAACCUCAGAUUUUAGCAUUGUGCUGUUGGAGGAUUUCUUGGAGGUCAUUUGGACAAAGCAUUUACUAUCUAUUUCUCUUUCCCUUACAGCAGCUAUAACCAUUUUAUUCAGGUUUUAUCAUGGUGUUACAUUAGUUAGUGUGUGAGUGAGUGCAUGCAUGUGCCUGAGAAAGAGAGAGAGCAUACCUGAGUGGAAAACAAUGUUAGGUAUGUAAAGCGAAACGUUGAGUGUCCAAUUAAAGAAAAACAACAGUUUGGUGUUAUAAGGUCAUUUAUUUCUAGUAUUAAAAUGUCUUUUAUACACCAAUAUGCACUACAGAAAUUAAAUAAUGUUAGGUAUGAGUAAUUACUGCAUUACCUUUAGUGCAAAAUGUAAGAAACAGUAAAUAGCUAUCAAAUAUUGUGAUCUGAAAUGUUUAACCAAAUACACUAAUGUAUGAAACAAAUUGGAUGUUCAGUGGUUAGAAAGAUAUAUUUUAAAUACUUUCUUCAUUUGUUAUUUAUUUUAGUAGAGUAUACAGUAUUAUCAUUAAUAUGAACUUUGUUUAUAGUCAGUUAAUUGUUAGCAAAUUGCAAACAUUUCAAAGUAGACAAUGGAACCAAAAUACUGCACAAAAAUUAGAUGAGAAUAUGAGUUUUUUUUUUUUUUUAAGAAUGAUCUGAGUUUAUACAAAUGGUUUCAUUAAAAAUGUAAACUGUUCAAACCUAACUUUUGUGCCAAUUUAGUUAAUUAUCAUCAUUAUGUAAUUAUCUGCCAGUGAUAAGUAUGCUUGCUUUUCUGGUACAAAUUUUGAUUGAAAUUAGUCAAUCUGUUUGUACACUUGUUUUGUAUUGGAUGCAUUAAGAGAAGAGGCAAUGGUUGAAAUUU